UCAUCAGUCCAUUGAACCCCUAAGAAGAUGGGUACAAAGCAUCUAAUAAUACUUUUCUUGCUAGCACCUACCGUGCUAACUAGAAAUGUCGGAAGUAGAGCUAGUGCUGUAGCGUUCGCGCAAGCCAAAGGUGGAUCUUCAAAUGCAGUAGCCAGUGCACUGAGCACAGGCCAGGGAUCAUCUACAGCAAAUGCAAUAGCGAACAGCAAAGGUGGUGGAAAUGCCAAUGCAAAUGCUGCAGCGAACAGCGAAGGUGGUGGAAAUUCCAAUGCAAAUGCUGCAGCGAACAGCGAAGGUGGUGGAAAUUCCAAUGCAUAUGCUGCAGCACAAAAUAAUGGCGAUGGAUCUUCUGAUGCAGAUGCAGCUGCCAUAGCUACCGCUUCAGGCGACAGCUCAGCUGAUGCAACCGCAAUUUCUGUCGCUGAUGACAGCUCGCCUACUGAACCUGAACCUGAAUCGCCGUCCUGUGAUUCUGAAGAACCAACCCCUGCUGAACCUACACCUGAACCGCCGUCCUGUGAUACUGAAGAACCAACCCCUGCUGAACCUACACAAAAUAACACCAGCGGUGGAUCUUCUGAUGCAACUGCAACAGCCAACGCUACCGCUUCAGGCAACAGCUCAGCUACUGCAACCGCAAUUUCUGUCGCACUAAAUAAUGGCGAUGGAUCUUCUGAGGCAGAUGCAGCUGCCACAGCUACCGCUUCAGGCGACAGCUCAGCUGAUGCAACCGCAAUUUCUGUCGCUGAUGACAGCUCACCUACUGAACCUGAACCACUUACAGCUGAAUCGCCGUCCUGUGAUUCUGAAGAACCAACCCCUGCUGAACCUACACCUGAACCGCCGUCCUGUGAUACUGAAGAACCAACCCCUGCUGAACCUACACAAAAUAACACCAGCGGUGGAUCUUCUGAUGCAACUUCAACAGCCGACGCUACCGCUUCAGGCAACAGCUCAGCUACUGCAACCGCAAUUUCUGUCGUUGUUACCGACUCUACCAGCCCGGCUCCUGGAUCUGGACCUGCUACCAACUCUACCAGCCCGGUUCCUGGAUCUGAACCUGACAACUCUACAUGCUCGUCUACUGGAUCUGAACCUACCAAUUCUACCAGCUCGCCUGCUGUACCUGAACAAAAUAACACCAGCGGUGGAUCUUCUGAUGCAACUGCAACAGCCAACGCUACCGCUUCAGGCAACAGCUCAGCUACUGCAACCGCAAUUUCUGUCGUUGUUACCGACUCUACCAGCCCGGCUCCUGGAUCUGGACCUGCUACCAACUCUACCAGCCCGGCUCCUGGAUCUGAACCUGACAACUCUACAUGCUCGUCUACUGGAUCUGAACCUACCAAUUCUACCAGCUCGCCUGCUGUACCUGAACAAAAUAACACCAGCGGUGGAUCUUCUGAUGCAACUGCAACAGCCAACGCUACCGCUUCAGGCAACAGCUCAGCUACUGCAACCGCAAUUUCUGUCGUUGUUACCGACUCUACCAGCCCGGCUCCUGGAUCUGGACCUGCUACCAACUCUACCAGCCCGGCUCCUGGAUCUGAACCUGACAACUCUACAUGCUCGUCUACUGGAUCUGAACCUACCAAUUCUACCAGCUCGCCUGCUGUACCUGAACAAAAUAACACCAGCGGUGGAUCUUCUGAUGCAACUGCAACAGCCAACGCUACCGCUUCAGGCAACAGCUCAGCUACUGCAACCGCAAUUUCUGUCGUUGUUACCGACUCUACCAGCCCGGCUCCUGGAUCUGGACCUGCUACCAACUCUACCAGCCCGGUUCCUGGAUCUGAACCUGACAACUCUACAUGCUCGUCUACUGGAUCUGAACCUACCAAUUCUACCAGCUCGCCUGCUGUACCUGAACAAAAUAACACCAGCGGUGGAUCUUCUGAUGCAACUGCAACAGCCAACGCUACCGCUUCAGGCAACAGCUCAGCUACUGCAACCGCAAUUUCUGUCGUUGUUACCGACUCUACCAGCCCGGCUCCUGGAUCUGGACCUGCUACCAACUCUACCAGCCCGGCUCCUGGAUCUGAACCUGACAACUCUACAUGCUCGUCUACUGGAUCUGAACCUACCAAUUCUACCAGCUCGCCUGCUGUACCUGAACAAAAUAACACCAGCGGUGGAUCUUCUGAUGCAACUGCAACAGCCAACGCUACCGCUUCAGGCAACAGCUCAGCUACUGCAACCGCAAUUUCUGUCGUUGUUACCGACUCUACCAGCCCGGCUCCUGGAUCUGGACCUGCUACCAACUCUACCAGCCCGGCUCCUGGAUCUGAACCUGACAACUCUACAUGCUCGUCUACUGGAUCUGAACCUACCAAUUCUACCAGCUCGCCUGCUGUACCUGAACAAAAUAACACCAGCGGUGGAUCUUCUGAUGCAACUGCAACAGCCAACGCUACCGCUUCAGGCAACAGCUCAGCUACUGCAACCGCAAUUUCUGUCGUUGUUACCGACUCUACCAGCCCGGCUCCUGGAUCUGGACCUGCUACCAACUCUACCAGCCCGGUUCCUGGAUCUGAACCUGACAACUCUACAUGCUCGUCUACUGGAUCUGAACCUACCAAUUCUACCAGCUCGCCUGCUGUACCUGAACAAAAUAACACCAGCGGUGGAUCUUCUGAUGCAACUGCAACAGCCAACGCUACCGCUUCAGGCAACAGCUCAGCUACUGCAACCGCAAUUUCUGUCGUUGUUACCGACUCUACCAGCCCGGCUCCUGGAUCUGGACCUGCUACCAACUCUACCAGCCCGGUUCCUGGAUCUGAACCUGACAACUCUACAUGCUCGUCUACUGGAUCUGAACCUACCAAUUCUACCAGCUCGCCUGCUGUACCUGAACAAAAUAACACCAGCGGUGGAUCUUCUGAUGCAACUGCAACAGCCAACGCUACCGCUUCAGGCAACAGCUCAGCUACUGCAACCGCAAUUUCUGUCGUUGUUACCGACUCUACCAGCCCGGCUCCUGGAUCUGGACCUGCUACCAACUCUACCAGCCCGGCUCCUGGAUCUGAACCUGACAACUCUACAUGCUCGUCUACUGGAUCUGAACCUACCAAUUCUACCAGCUCGCCUGCUGUACCUGAACAAAAUAACACCAGCGGUGGAUCUUCUGAUGCAACUGCAACAGCCAACGCUACCGCUUCAGGCAACAGCUCAGCUACUGCAACCGCAAUUUCUGUCGUUGUUACCGACUCUACCAGCCCGGCUCCUGGAUCUGGACCUGCUACCAACUCUACCAGCCCGGUUCCUGGAUCUGAACCUGACAACUCUACAUGCUCGUCUACUGGAUCUGAACCUACCAAUUCUACCAGCUCGCCUGCUGUACCUGAACAAAAUAACACCAGCGGUGGAUCUUCUGAUGCAACUGCAACAGCCAACGCUACCGCUUCAGGCAACAGCUCAGCUACUGCAACCGCAAUUUCUGUCGUUGUUACCGACUCUACCAGCCCGGCUCCUGGAUCUGGACCUGCUACCAACUCUACCAGCCCGGCUCCUGGAUCUGAACCUGACAACUCUACAUGCUCGUCUACUGGAUCUGAACCUACCAAUUCUACCAGCUCGCCUGCUGUACCUGAACAAAAUAACACCAGCGGUGGAUCUUCUGAUGCAACUGCAACAGCCAACGCUACCGCUUCAGGCAACAGCUCAGCUACUGCAACCGCAAUUUCUGUCGUUGUUACCGACUCUACCAGCCCGGCUCCUGGAUCUGGACCUGCUACCAACUCUAGCAGCCCGGCUCCUGGAUCUGAACAACCCACCUCCAGGACUUGCUUGUGCCCUUGCUGAUUGAAUGGCAGAAGAUGCUGAGACCUACAGAUUGUAAUCUGUAACAACGACGACCGACCAUCGCGAUGCUACGCUAACGGACAAUGAUCAUGCCAAUUAUAAUAUUAAAGCAUAUAUAUUACAUUGUGAUUUUUUUUCAAUCAAGAUUAUAAUAUUAUAUUGUGUUUCCAAAUAUAUUGAGCAAGUAUA